AUGGCAAGCAAGCGGAAGUCAACCACCCCGUGCAUGGUCCUGGCCAGCGAGCAGGACCCGGAUCUGGAGGCGGCGGCGGGCCCGGAGGGAGCAGCCCCCGCGCUGGCGCCGGCCGAGCAGCCCCCGGCAGAGAGCGCCGCGAGCGACGAGGACGUCCCCGACGGGGGGGAUCCCGACAAUCAGAAGAAUUUGAAAGUAGAAGGAGGCUAUGAAUGUAAAUACUGUACUUUCCAAACGCCAGAUCUCAAUAUGUUUACUUUUCACGUGGAUUCGGAGCAUCCCAACGUAGUAUUAAAUUCAUCCUACGUUUGUGUAGAAUGCAAUUUCCUUACCAAAAGAUAUGAUGCGCUCUCAGAGCAUAAUGUGAAGUACCACCCUGGCGAGGAGAAUUUUAAAUUGACCAUGGUGAAACGUAAUAAUCAGACAAUCUUUGAGCAAACAGUAAACGAUCCCGAGACCCCCUCCUCAGGCAUCUCGAUUAGCAAAACGCCUAUUAUGAAGAUGAUGAAGAACAAGACGGAGACUAAGCGCAUUGCUGUUUUCCACAGUGUAGUCGAUGACAUUCCUGGGGAGGAGAAGGGAGCUGAGGAGGAGCCCGUGGUGACGCCGGCCGCCGUGAUGCCGCCCGGGGUGGCCCAGGUCAUCACCGCCGUCGCCGCGCCGCAGAAUCCCAGCCUGAUUCCCAAAGUCUUAAUACCUGUAAAUAGCAUUCCAGCCUAUAAUACUGCUUUGGAUAACAAUCCUCUUUUGCUUAACACCUACAACAAAUUCCCUUACCCAACCAUGUCAGAAAUCACUGUUCUUUCCACCCAAGCUAAGUACACAGAGGAGCAGAUUAAAAUCUGGUUUUCUGCCCAACGCCUGAAGCACGGCGUGAGCUGGACCCCGGAGGAAGUGGAGGAGGCGAGGAGGAAGCAGUUCAACGGCACGGUGCACACCGUGCCCCAGACGAUCACGGUGAUUCCAGCGCACAUCUCGGCCAGCAACGGCCUGCCCUCCAUUCUGCAGACGUGCCAAAUAGUCGGUCAGCCAGGACUCGUUCUCACCCAGGUCGCGGGUGCGAACACGCUGCCGGUAACAGCCCCGAUAGCUCUGACCGUGGCGGGAGUCCCCAGCCAAACGCAGCUGCAGAAGGGUCAGGUUCAUGCUGCCCAGCCCAGCGCGGAGACCAAGCAAGUAGCUGCUGUUCCGGCCCCCCAGCCUGUCAAAAAUGAAGCCACGCUGCUGAAUCCCGACUCUUUCAGCAUCCGAGCAAAAAAAACGAAGGAGCAACUGGCAGAAUUAAAGGUCAGCUACCUUAAAAACCACUUUCCUCAAGAUUCAGAAAUCAUUAGGCUGAUGAAGAUAACAGGCCUGACUAAAGGAGAGAUCAAGAAGUGGUUCAGCGAUACCCGCUACAACCAGAGGAACUCCAAGAAUAACCAUGGGAUUCAUCUCAACAGCGAUUCAUGUGCCCCCAUUGUCAUCGACUCGAGCGAUGAAAUGAACGAGUCCCCAACAGGAGUCACCGCACAGAGCAAGGCUUCGUGGAGUGCCUUCCCCGACUUCACCCCGCAGAAAUUCAAAGAAAAGACGGCCGAGCAGCUGCAGGUCCUGCAAGCAAGCUUCCUGAAUAACCCCGUGCUAACAGAUGAGGAAAUGAAUAGGUUAAGAGCCCAAACCAAACUUACCAGGAGAGAGAUUGAUGCCUGGUUCACAGAAAGAAGGAAAUCUGACGUCUUGAAGGAAGAGGGAGCUGACCUGAAUGACAGCAACGCCAGCAGCUCGAAAGAGGAGGCUGGAGAAACGUCUGCAGGAGAUGGAGCAGGGCCAAAAUCAGGGGGUUCCUCUGCAAGCAAAGUUGUCAAAAAAUCACCGGAGCAGCUGCACCUCCUUAAAAGUUCCUUUGUCCGCACACAGUGGCCGUCUCCACAGGAAUACAACAAGCUGGCAGAGGAAACGGGGCUCCCAAGGUCAGAAAUCGUGAGCUGGUUUGGAGAUACUCGCUAUGCCUGGAAAAACGGUGGCUUGAAGUGGUAUUAUUACUACCAGAGCGCCAAUGCAAACAGUCUGAAUGGACAGGGCUUUGUGAGGAAGAGAGGGAGAGGAAGACCAAAAGGGAGGGGGAGAGGAAGGCCUCGGGGGAGGCCUCGGGGAAGCAAGAGGUUAAAUAGCUGGGACAGAGGAGUGUCUGUCAUAAAGUUCAAAACUGGAGCAGCAAUCCUGAAGGACUACUACAUGAAGCACAAAUUCCUCAAUGAGCAAGACCUUGAUGAACUUGUAGCCAAAUCUCACAUGGGAUACGAGCAGGUCAGAGAGUGGUUUGCAGAAAGGCAAAGAAGAUUAGAGCUGGGAAUAGAGCUCUUUGAGGAGAACGAGGAGGAGGAUGAAACGCUAGAAGAACAGGAAGAGGAGGAAGAAACGGAUGACAGUGACACGUGGGAGCCUCCGCGGCACGUUAAGCGCAAGCUCUCCAAGUCGGAUUGA